ACCGCGUCUUACUAAUGCAUCCAUGACCAUAACCGGCGUUACCCAGAGCAACAACUGGACCAUCACAAACUAUGCGUAUACGACAGAUGGAGACUGGAGUUUCUUUAUGUAUCGACCAAAUCUUUAUUACUCCUUCCUUCAGCCCCUUCGGCCGCCAUCUGAGCUAUUUGAGCCGAGCUUUAAAUCACUGGUGUGGACAAAUGAAUUUGCCGGGAGCUGGUCCAUGCUCAACCAGUCUUACCUAUGGUCUUCUCUUACCUAUGGCGUGAUCCAAUCUGUACAGCCGAACAAUAACUUUACCUUCUUUAUGAAUCUGGCUGACCUGGGAGACAACAAUACUGGUGUUUGCGUCGAACAAAGUCAUAUAGACACACUCUUGGCUGCCGUUCCUCAAACGCCAAGUACCAAUAGCGCUUUUAUGCAAUGGAACACCACCGACUCGGUCUGUGAAUUGAGAGCCGUGGUCUAUGUCGAUGGUACAACCACAACACUGGUGCUUGGCGCAUCCAAGACAAAGGUAGCAAGAGCCAACUUUACUUACGCAGAGUGGGUCGCCCCGGUGCAAUUGGGUCAAAACUCAAACAGUCCUCCUUCACCCAUGGGUCAACUUUUGAACAAUAUAGGAAGCUCAGACCGGUUCAAAGCCGCUAAUAAUCUACUGAUAUCCGCUGACACCUAUUUGCUAGAACCUAAUGACAAUAUGGGUCUGGUCAAUAUUACAGCUACGGACAUCUUACUUCGAUCUAGGUUGGUGGACCCUGCCAAGGACAGCCCGGGAAGAGACGCACUUUUCUUGACCUCGGUGGUAAAUGGUCACUCUCUGGUUAUUCCGUUGGUCAUGCACAUCAAUGUUGAGGCCAUUGAUUCACCUGUUUGGGUCCCUAUAUUUGCGGGAGCUUUGGUCGUAAUCGCUAUUUCACUCAUCUUGUUCAGGAGGAAGAUCUCUGGAGAUUGGGAUUUGGAUCUCUAUCUCUUGUUUAUUGACACUGCGGAUGUUCACGGUGAAUUUGGCGAACACGUUGCGGAUGUCGAAAAGCACUUGGAAGUCCUGUACGAUCCCGAGACUGGCCGUAACUACUUGACGACGCCCAAGGCCAUGGUCACUGAAACUAUAUUGGAACAUGUGAUAUCUGAUGAAAAGCGCGAAAUGGUUGAAGAUUCGAUGGAUAAAUACUCAUCUCUCGAUGACUCUGUGAAGAAAGCGCCGCCCAAAUUUGUGUUGGAUGCUUAUACCACGGCUGACUUGAAGAAGGCUGUGGCUAAAAUCAAGAAGGCGAAACAUACUUUGACGGCCAAGAAGAGCCAUUUGAAAAUUUUGGAUGCUGUCGCUCAGAAUUGUGCCAUCACCAAAGAGCUUAGCAAGAAAGGCAUCGAUGUGACAGGUCUCUGGGAUCUUCUGCAAGAGGUUGAUUUUGCCAAGGUUAUCAGCCUGACGCAAAAGGCUGCCUUGUCUCAAACUGUUAUCACUGUGCCUGAAAUCCAACAUGUUGUAUAAUCGUUCACCGGUGUAUCUGGUAGCAGUUGUUCCAGGUGACUGUCAAUACGUCUACUGAGUCGAUCCAUCCGUCAUCGAUAUACCAGCGAAAC